CUCAUCUUCAACGUGCUAAAAGCUCCAGUCUCACUGUGCCCGUUAUACUCUUCCUUCUCGAGCUCCAUCUCCACCACGACACGUUUUGUGCCACAUCGCGCCCUCUCUAUCGCGAGUUCUCAUAAAGACCUGUUUGAAUACACGUCAGGGAACUGGGUUAUAACGAUGCUCUUCGCCACAAAGAGCGGAGGCUCGCCUUCGACGUCGACGGGCUAUGUCGACUUGCAGCGGAGUCCGUUAAUCAAAGUCCUGCUAAUGUCGUCAAUUUGUCGAAGCUCGCCGAGGGUGGGUUUAAUCGUACCUUCCUCAUCACCCUACGUGACAACUUCCAAAUGGUCGCCCGUGUUCCGUACCCCAUCACCGUCCCUAAAUUCUACGCUGUCGCCAGCGAAGUUGCCACUCUAGAGUUCCUGCGUUCCUCUGGGUUACCUGUUCCCAAGAUAUACGGGUACUCGCCCGACUCAGACAACGCCGCUGGAACCGAGUAUAUCUUCAUGCAGUUCGUUCGAGGCUCCAAGCUCAGCGACGUCUGGCCUAGCCUAGGCGAACAAGCAGUCAUCUCCGUCGUCCGCCAGCUCACUCAGCUCGAGUCGGCUAUGAUGUCGCUGUCUUUCCCCGCUGGCGGGAGCCUGUACUUCACCAAAGACUUGGAGAAGGUUGCCACGGGACUGGACAUACCGCUGGAGGACGAGCGUUUCUGCAUCGGUCCAGAUACGAGACUGCCUCUCUGGUACGGGAGAAGGUCAAAGCUCGACGUGAACCGGGGACCCUACCUAAGUGCCGAAGCAGCUCUCGUAGCAGGAGCCCGCAAGGAACUUGCUUACUUGAAGCAGUUCGGCCAACCGCUCUUGCCGGUCCGGCGCGAGAGGAGGGCUGGUUAUCAGUACCAGGAACAGUUGCCGUCGGCCCACAUCGAAAACUUGAACCUUUAUCUCCUCAUUGCGUCGUCACUCCAGAGCAAUAUCGUCGUGUCGAGGUCGCCCGACUCUGACUGCCAAGUCGUCGGCCUACUCGACUGGCAACACGCCUCCAUCCUGCCCAUGUUUCUCCUUGCCGGCGUCCCCCAGCGCCUCCAGAACUACGAUGAUCCCGUCUCGCAGUCUAUGACGCCGCCGUCGCUACCAGAGGAUUUCGACAAGUUAGAUGGACCCGGGCGAACCAGAGCGGAGGAGGUCUACCGCGACCGCCUCGUCCAUUACCACUACGUCACGAGCAUGGGGGAGUGCAACAAGUCCCACUACGCUGCAUUUACCGACCCCAUGUACGCCCUCCGCGGCCGUCUCUUCCAACACGCUGGUAGCCCGUGGGAGGGCGAGACUUUCGAGCUGAAGCUUGCGCUAAUACAAGCAGCGGAGAGAUGGAAGACACUUACGGGGGGAGACGUGUCAUGUCCAGUCGAAUUGGACGCUGAGGACGUACGGGAGACGAGGAAGCUGAAUGAAGUACAGGCAAGAGCAGACAGGAUUUUUGAGAUAUGGCAGAACAUGGUCGGUCUCGGGGAGGAGGGCUGGGUGCCGACUGAGGACUACGAGGAUGCCGUAACGUUUUUCAAGGAGAGGAAGGAGGAGGGAUUGGCGCGUGCCAAGUCAGCGGAGGAAAGGGCGGAGAUCAUAGGUCACUGGCCCUGGGACGACAUGGACGAAGAGAAAUAUAUGUAA